UUGGAGCUCACACAAGUAAAUUCAGAGUGACAGCGAGAUCAAGCUCAAACAUGGCGGUAGUGGAGCGGCUUUCUACUAUCAAGGGACACUUGGAAGGCCCGAAGUGCGAAAACUAUGACAACACCAGAGAAAAAAAAGAUCAGACCGAGGGCAGCAACUUAUUGACCGUUCCCAAAACCCAAAACAGCAUCCCAUUGAAACGGCAAGAGCUGCUGAAAUGGAACGGAUGGGGCUACAAGGAUUCGAAGUUUGUCGUUGAUACAAAGUCACACCAUGUGUCUUUUACGGGUAACAGGUACAAGAUAGGCAAUCAGACGCUGCCGCACUUCAAGGGAUGGGUUGAAGCCAGCCUCGGAGUGGACUUGAGCAUCUUACUUCCAGCACAGAAUCCCAUUGAAAGUAACAAAGUCUCUCUGCAAAGCUCAUCUGUUGUGCUAAAUCCUCUCAAUGUGUGCAUGAGGCCACCACCAACUGAUGCAGAUCUUCCAAAGCCUCUCUUGAACGAUGCGUUUAUGGCUGACCUCAGAAUCUCUGGCAUUAUGCACUCCUUAGAUGGACAAGACAGGCUUUUCAGAGCUCAUGGGCACACAAUGAGAGAAAUUUUCACCCUAAGAGAGGGCACCUUUCAACGUAUUCCAGACAUUAUCGUGUGGCCACGAUGUCACGAUGAUGUUGUUUUCCUGGUUGACUUGGCAAACAUGCACAACGUCGUAAUCAUUCCUUUUGGCGGAGGAACCAGUGUAUCAGGUGCAUUGGAGUGCCCCAGUGAAGAGACUCGUUCAAUUGUCUCACUUGAUACAUCGCAAAUGAAUCGCAUCCUUUGGGUAGAUAAGGUGAACUUGACUGCACAUAUGGAAGCUGGUAUAAUUGGCCAGGACCUGGAAAGAGAGCUUGCAGCAUUUGGACUGUGCGUUGGACACGAACCAGAUUCGUACGAGUUCAGCUCACUUGGUGGGUGGGUUGCCACCCGAGCUUCUGGUAUGAAGAAAAACGUCUAUGGCAACAUUGAAGACCUUCUGGUGCAUGUUCGCAUGGUGACACCAAUGGGAGUCUUGGAACGGGGAUGCCGGGGUCCACGAAUAUCUGGAGGACCAGACGUCCAUCACCUUGUCCUCGGUUCAGAAGGUACCUUGGGUGUUGUGACAGAGGUAACACUGAAAGUGCGUCCAUUGCCAGAAUGUCGCAAGUAUGGUUCCAUUGUGUUCGGAUCAUUUGAGCCGGGAGUGGCAUUCCUGCGAGAAGUUGCAAGACAGCAAAUACGACCUGCUUCAAUAAGGCUAAUGGACAAUGAACAGUUCAUUUUUGGACAAGCCCUCAAGCCAGAAGCGAGCAGCCUGCUGGCACCCUUAUGGGACAGCCUCAAGAAGUUUUACAUCACACGCAUCAAGGGCUUCCAGGUUGACAAAAUGUGUGUCACAACUCUUCUGUUCGAAGGGUCUCAACAGGAGGUAGAAAUACAGGAAAAGAGGGUCUACGACAUUGCAGCCAAGUUUGGGGGAAUCCCUGCAGGGGAAGAAAACGGUAUGCGGGGCUACAUGCUCACAUUUGUUAUAGCAUACAUUAGGGACCUGGGCCUGGAUUUCAAUGUUGUGGCAGAGUCAUUUGAGACAUCAGUUCCUUGGGACCGGGUGGUGGAUCUGUGCCGGAACGUUAAGGAUGUCCUCCAGCAAGAGUCUCGGGCGAGAGGAGUUUCCCUGCCACCCCUGGCUUCCUGUCGUGUAACACAGUCGUAUGAUGCUGGUGCCUGUAUCUACUUCUACUUUGCCUUCAACUACACCGGGGUUCCUGAUCCUGUUCAUACAUAUGAAGCAAUUGAGGCUGCAGCAAGGCAGGAAGUACUCGCAUGUGGUGGUAGCAUCUCUCAUCACCAUGGAGUGGGAAAGAUUCGCAAGCGGUGGCUGGAGCAGACCAUUUCUAGCACGGGCAUGAAAAUGCUACGUGCCGUCAAGACAAAUAUUGACCCCAAGAACGUGUUUGCUAAUGGUAACCUUAUGCUGUAGGGAAAUCGUAGCUUAUUGUAACAUUGGAAAUAUACUUACUUCAUAUCUGCGUGUCUGUCUAAUUUUUAAAGGAAUAAAAUGCUGCCUUAAUUU